AUGGAAACACCCUUCUACGGCGAUGAGGCGCUAAGCGGCCUGGGCGGCGGCGUCAGUGGCAGUGGCGGCGGCGGCAGCUUCGCGUCCUCGGGUCGCCUGUUCCCCGGGGCGCCCCCGACGGCAGCGGCCAGCAGUAUGAUGAAGAAGGAUGCGCUGACGCUGGGCCUGAGCGAGCAGGUGGCAGCGGCGCUCAAGCCCGCGGCCGCGCCGCCCCCGGCCCCCCUGCGCACCGACGGCGCCCCUGGCGCGGCGACCCCCGACGUCCUGCUCGCCUCGCCGGACCUGGGGCUGCUCAAGCUCGCCUCGCCGGAACUCGAACGCCUCAUCAUCCAGUCCAACGGGCUGGUCACCACCACGCCGACGAGCACGCAAUUCCUCUACCCCAAGGUGGCGGCCAGCGAGGAGCAGGAAUUCGCCGAGGGCUUCGUCAAGGCCCUGGAGGACUUACAUAAGCAGAACCAGCUGGGUGCGGGCGCAGCCUCCGCCGCGGCGGCGGCCGGGGGACCCUCGGGCACGGCCCCGAGCGCCGCGCCUCCGGGCGAGCUGGCCACGGCGGCGGCCACGCCCGAGGCGCCGGUCUACGCGAACCUGAGCAGCUACGCGGGCAGCACCGGGGGCGCGGGGGGCGCCGCGGCGGUCGCCUUCGCCGCCGAGCCCGUGCCCUUCCCGCCGCCGCCCCCGGGCGCGCUGGGGCCGCCGCGCCUCGCCGCGCUCAAGGAUGAGCCGCAGACCGUGCCCGACGUGCCGAGCUUCGGCGAGAGCCCGCCGCUGUCGCCCAUCGACAUGGACACUCAAGAGCGCAUCAAAGCGGAGCGCAAGCGGCUACGCAACCGCAUCGCCGCCUCCAAGUGCCGGAAGCGCAAGCUGGAGCGCAUCUCGCGCCUCGAGGAGAAGGUGAAGACGCUCAAGAGCCAGAACACGGAGCUGGCGUCCACCGCGAGCCUGCUGCGCGAGCAGGUGGCGCAACUCAAGCAGAAGGUCCUCAGCCACGUCAACAGCGGCUGCCAGCUGCUGCCGCAACACCAGGUGUCCGCGUACUGA